AUGACAGAAAGUGUUGGGCGGGAAGAGUCAAGAUGGAUAACAACUGUUAUUAUGAGUACAGCUCUGCAGAAUCACGAAAUUUCUACACUUCUACGGAGUCAACAACACCGAGUUCGAUAUUCAGAUUCGGUGGAAAUUGGAUCUGUGAUAUUCUCUCUUUCUGGGGUUGCAUUUAUACUGGCAGAUACUCAAGACUUACUUACGACAGGAGAAGAGCAGUUUUUAGACCGCGUUCAGAAGUUCAUAAACAUUCAUCGGAAUAGUUUUUUAGUCUUGUCAGCUGUCCUUCACGGACCAGAAGAAUGGAAUAUAAUGUUCAGGAUUCAGAGAAGAUUCCUGGGCAGUAAUUUACGUAUCAUUCCAGUUCAUAAUACAGCUGAGACUGUUAAGUUUAUGCUAACUAUAGCUAAGAUAACUUCCAAGCCACGCGCAGAUGAUAUUCAUUACAAAAUGGCAAUGGCAAAAGCCCACAUAAUAGAAAAGAGUCCAGUUUGGAAGAUGCUUCAGCAGUACCAGUUGCACUGUAAUUAAUUCAGUGUUUGGUUGUUGGUGGUGGUGUUUUUUUUUUUUAAUUCAUAAAAUAUAACAGCUACAUUUUAAACAAAAUAAAUGCUCUUAAAAUAUAUUGUUACAUUUUCAAAAGACUGUAUACAACUUGCGCAUUUGGAAUUAAAACAUUAGUUGUAUAUUAAACAACUAUACUGUGCAAAACUGGCAUACAUCUGUAUGUCAUAUAUUAUACCAAAUAUGCAUUCUAACAAAAAAGAAAAUAAAUUUAUGCUUUAACUGCACUAUAGAGAAGUCAUCCUUAUUUCAGCUUGACUCUGAACAUAUGGGCUUAUCUGUACGUAACUGUUUCCCAAAAUAAUUAAAAUACUUAAUAAGCCGUAAGGAAAAAUUUCAUCAUUAAAGAUAAGGAUGAUCAAAAUAAUUCCAAAAUAGAUUUCUCAUGCAUAA